CCCCGUUUGACUGUCAUUAGUUAAUUCAAGUCUUAAUGCGGCUCGUUUUGUUUUUAAGUUUAUUUCCCCUCGUCACCAGCCUGCAAACUGGUUCCCAGUAGAGAACACAGAGUAAUACUGUAGAUAUGAUCAUAAUCUGUUGGUGGCAUCUGACAGUAAUGUAGGAACGUUUAUUAUUAUAAUUUUGGCUUGUCAAUUUGGAUAUCACCACCAACUACAACAUUGGCUGUUAACUUUGUAUCAUUUACAUGAGAUUUUAUUGCAGUAUAACUUAUCGACAUUACUUGAUAUUCCUCUCUAUUUGGACACGUAAACACCACAAGCAACAUAAGCGGACGUACAACUUGACCUGCAGAGAGACACAAUGAUACCAGAGAAGGAUGGCAUUUUGCAACUUGAAAAGGGGACCUUCAAAAGGGCUCUGAGAAAACACAAGCAGCUGUUGGUCCACUUCUACACUCCCCUGACAUCAGAAGGUCAUCGUGUUGCAGCUACAUUUAAAGCUGCUGCUGCAGAGCUUCAGGGGUCAGAGGUCAAGCUGGCAGUCAUUGAUGUGACAAAGGAAAAAGAGUUGGCGAAAAAGCUCCAUGUGAGCGGACAGCCUAGCAUCAGACUCUACCUCUCUGGAGAUGUAACCAACCCGGCUCUCUGCCCAGUUCCUCAGAGUUCAGCUUCCAUCUUGACUUGGCUGCAAAGGAGGGCGGGGACAUCUGCUGAUCUGAUUGCAGAUCUGAGCCAAUUAGAGGCCAGUGACGAUCUAAUAGUGGUUGGUUUCUUCAAGGAGCUGAACCAUGAGUACGUUCAGGUGUUUUACGCUGCAGCCAUCGACCUCCCUGACAUCCGCUUUGCUGUGACGCAGGAUGAUGAAGUCAUCAGCAAAUAUACUGUCACUCAAGAUGACGUUCUGCUGCUCAAAAAAUCUCAGCUCAUUCAGACGUACACGAUGAAGCCGGAUACACCUAAAGAGGAGCUGGUUGUUUUAAUCUCUGUCUACCAGAUGGAUCCAGUUACUGAAUACAACGGCCAGACAGCCUCACAGAUCCUAGGUUCACCUGUGUUAAACCACGCCCUGCUCUUUGUCAACAAAAGCUCUGAGGACUUUAGAGAGAUAUUCUCUGCUUUCUACAAUGCUGCAGAGGCAUUUAGGCUGAAGAUCCUAUUUGUCUUGGUGAACGUGGAUGAACAUCGUAACGGCAGACUCAUGGAGUAUUUCCGGGUUCGGCACUUUGACGCUCCUCACAUCCGACUGGUAAAUCUGACAAAUCAAAUAACCUACCAAAUGCUGUCUGAGACUUUGGAUGUAGGGAGCAUAAAACAAUUCUGCCAGUCCUACCUCGAAGGCAAGGCUAAGCCCAAGUUGAUGAGUGAGCCUAUUCCUGAAAGAUGGGAUCAGAAACCCGUUAAGGAGCUGGUAGGAAUGACUCUGGAGAAAGUAGCCUUCAACCCCAACAAGACUGUUUUUGUCUUGUUUUAUCUGGCAUACAGUGAAAUGUCCCGUGCCGUGUUUCCACUGUGGGAGGAGCUAGCUGAAGUCGUCAAGGAUUGGGAGGGUGUGGUCAUUGCUCAAAUCGACGCCUCGGCCAAUGAUAUCAACAUGUCAAUGCAGGGUUCCUAUCCAUCCUUCUGCCUGUUUCCUGCUCUGUACGCUGAGAGGGUGGUGGUUUAUACUGGGAAAAGGAACAUAAAAGACUUGGUUAGGUUUAUGGAUAAAGAGAUGAAAAAGGCCAAAAGAGACAGAGUUAAGGAGGAUGAAGACAGGAGGAAGUACAUAGAGACUCUCAAGACAGAGGAAACAAAAAAAAACAAGUCCAAAGAUGAGCUUUGAUACAGCAACUCAAAGUAAUAUGUCUGCAUGUGUCAUUUGGCUUUUAAUAAUUUUUUUAAAUCAUGUUUUUUUUUUUUUUUUUUACUUGAACCCCAUUCCUGUGAAAAAGUAUUUGCUACCUUGUAGAUGAUUUCUGUUUAUAGAGAAUCACACUGUUUGAGCAAAUAAUUUCUAUAUAUUAUUACAUUUUCUUUAUUAUCAUCUAAAUCAAACUUAGAAAUAGUUAAAUCAAGAAUGAAAUGCAAAUUACCACAUUUUCUAUUCAUUUUCUCUGGGCACUCUUAUUCCUACCAGACCAGUAGAAUCAGAAAAUCUCUUAAAUGCUAGGAUUGGUGGUGGGUCCAACUCAAGGUAGAGUUUGAUGAAAUAGGCUAAAGAAUUUUUAAUGACCCAAUUCUUUAAUGAUCUGAUUGAAGAACUUUCACAAACAGAUAUUUUCAUGCAGAAGUGGGUUGUUUUGGAUCCUUUAAUAAAUUUAAUUGUUGUUUGAAAACUAUACUUUUAUCAUGUUUUUUUUGCUAUGCUCUUGGCCCACAUGGAGAACACUUCCAGGAGUCACUGAGAAAAUGUUAACUUUAUUCAACAAUCAAUUAAUAUCAAAUGUGCAUCUUUAUCUGGGAGCAUGGCGGUGCGGGGUGGGCAAGAACACUGGAAACAGAGUAGAUGAAUGGUGGAUAACAGUCACUGAUGAAUGGGUUAUUGAAUGGCACUCUUACUGAUUGAGAUAGAGGCGAGUCUGCCUGGGGGGAAGUGAUUGGGUUCCAGGGUUCAAGUCAUUGUGUGGGUGUUAAUCCAGAGUUGUGCAACACUGGGAUACCCAGCUCCCAGUGGAGGUCUGGUGGAGGUCGCUAGAUGGUAACAGCGUUGGAGGGUGAACAGGUUAUGCGGCACAGGCCUGAAGGAGGAGGAGCAAGACGUUGCCAUUCAUGGUGUUUGAGCUUCAGAGUCUUGAGAGCACAAGGAGAAACGUUGUGAGCUAGCGCAUGACUCAAACCUCGGCAUCCGGUGUACGAUUUUCAAAAUAAAAGCUCCUCCAUACUCAAUACAUAGAACGGACAUAUUUAAUUAUUUCUUGCGCGGCCCGGUACCAAUUGGUCCACGGACCGGUACCGGUCCGCGGCCCGGUGGUUGGGGACCACUGCUUUAAAGCACUUUGAACUGUAUUGUUACUGAAAUAUGCCUCAAAAAUAAACUAGAUUGAAUGAUUGAAAUGGACAUUUGGGAACACUUUGAGAUGAUUGCUCCCAUUAUGAUUCUUAAAUCUUAUUGUGGUAAAUUAAUCUUUUUGUGAAUUAACCCCUCCACCCUCCCCAAAUACACAGUCUGGAAAAUUUCACUAUUUGGAAUUUGAUCAGCAAGACUUAUAUAACCCUAACCCUUAAAGCUGUUGGAAGAGUAAAAUUCUGCACAUAACUAAAUAUAAAGGAUCAGAGCCAAGUAGACAUCCAAACAAAGAGGAUUUUGAAGAAUUUUAGUUUUUCAGGUCCUUUUUCAAGUAAGCCAUAACCCCCUGGCUCCCUCUGGUGGAUAACUGUAGGAACUGCCCAAAACCCACACUGAACUCAACCCUCAGCGUUGUACACAUGUUUUCUUUUUCCGAUAUUGAAAAUUAUUUGAUAAUAUUGGCCACACAGUUUGUAAUCUGUAUCCUAAGAUUUUUCUGGUCAUCAACAAAGACUUCAGUUAUUGAAUUCUGACAACCAAUAAAAUUUUCAGGUUAUAUAAUGUAAACAAAGUGCUUUAGAUUUUCCUCUGUUAUUUAAGUUUUGGAAUA